AUGAUCUGUUAUAAUAUCUUGGGAUUGAUUAUGAAUGAUGCUGAUAUUGAAAAAUUUGAUAAUGCACAAGAAAUAGUAUCAAUAUUCGUUAAUUAUUUGAAACAAGCUGAUCAAAAUUCUUUUGGUAUAAGCGAUGGCGGCGAACUAACAGAUUUAUUAAAAACUUUAAAGAAUGAAUUUAUUAAACAAAAUGGUUUGGAAUUAUUAAUGAAAUUUGCUGGUAAACACAGAGAGCUUUAUCUUGAAGACGGGGAAAACGAAGAAGAUGAGGAUGAAUUUAAAAAAUUCAUGGCAGGUGAAAAGAAAAUUACACACGAAAGACAACAAUUCGCAUUAGAAUGUUUUUGGUCAAUGUCAUUUAAUUCAGAAGCAGCUCAACUGUUGAAAAAUAAUGAAAAAUUUAUGAGACAUAUUAAAACACUUCUAGAACCGCAAAGUGAAACUCCGCCAGGUUUGAAAAAAGCAGCUGAUGGUGUUUUAUGGAAAUUAGAAAGAGAAAAUGAAUUUAAAAAACAGCAACAACGACCACAGAAAGAAGAAUUUGAUUUAAUAAUUAGUUAUAAUUGGGAUGACAUGUGA